UUCGCGUUACGCCACCAGACGGCGCAGGGCUAGCAUUCCAUUUGGAGCUCGGAGCAGCUUCGGCGAGAGGUGCCACUAUUUUCCUGGAUUCCGUGCAGUAUACGUCGCUUUUUGCACCGUUACGUGCAGUGCGAGGAGGUGAUCGAUUCCGACGGAGAUACAACCUCGAUCUGUGCUUGCGGAUUUUUCGGUAGCCCUGAAGGUCGGAAGCGACGUGACUAGUUUCGCACGGUUCUGUGUGAAUAAUCUCUAUUGGUUUAAGUGCAGUGUGAUUUCUUAGUGGUAAACCCAAAUGGUUGUGCUCGAGGAAGGCGGUAUGCUGACUACUGGACACAAUCAGUACUUACAACCGGAUUAUCUUUCUCCGCUUCCAACUACGUUGGACGCGAAGAAGAGUCCGUUAGCACUGUUGGCACAGACAUGCAGUCAAAUCGGAGCAGAUUCGCCGACUAAACCGUUGAUUUCUCCUUUGGAAAAGACUUCGAAGAGUAUGAACAUUGCUACGAAUGCCAAAUCACCUCCAGCCGCGAAACUGGAACGCAAUAUGCGCGGCAGUCCGACGGACGGCAAGUCGUUGGCGUUCAAGCCAUACGAGACCAACGUUGUGACGAAGAAAACUUCGGACGAGGGUAGACCUACGUCUAAAGCCAGUGUGCACAGUGUCAGUGGUCAGGACAGUGUCAGUGUUAGUGAUAAUGCGCAUUCCGACAAGAAAUCGUCCGGCAAUCGUACCCCAGUGAGUCGAAAGUCCGCAUCACCGAGCGAUCAAGCGACGGCAACGGUCACUAGUGGGACACCGUCGGCUGAUCGAAAGACCCCUGCCGACCGUGAGAAGACCGAUGGUUCACCGCGGAAUAGCAGCAGCAGCAGCAGCAGCAGUAACAAUAACAGCAAUAACAAUAAUGGCACGAGUCCGAUCAUUAGGUCUGGAAUGGAGAUCUUAUCUGGUGUUCACACAAAGGAUACUAAUCUGGCCGCUUACAAGCCGGGUCUUCCAGGAUUUUCUGGCAAUCCCUUAUGCUGCCCACCAGGUCUAGCGGAGAAUCCAGCCUUCAGGCCGCCAUUCGCUGGCGCGUCACCUUUCUCGCAUCAUCAUGCCGCAGCAGCGCUUUUGGGCUAUCCGUCGGCCAGUCCGACUGGAGGCAAUCCAUAUCUGAGUUAUGCCCGUGUCAAAACCCCGGCGGGCGGUGAAGCUUUAGUGCCGGUCUGCAAAGACCCUUAUUGCACUGGCUGUCAAUACAGUAUGCACAGCGCUCAGAUUAUGAUGGGAGCAGGUAGUUGUCCAAGCGGCUGCACUCAGUGCGAUCAUCAGAAAUACGGACUGGCUAUGGCGUUAUCGUCUUUGGGCCCAAUGCCGCCGCCGUCAUUGUCCUAUCCGUCCACGUUAGCCGGCGGUCGGCCUUACGUUUGCAAUUGGAUCGCUGGCGAGUCCUAUUGUGGCAAACGGUUCGCCACGUCGGAGGAGCUCCUGCAGCAUCUUCGCAGUCAUACAAGUCUGACCGGCAGCGAUCACGCAGCCUCCGCAGCAGCUCUUCUCGGCAAUCCUCACCCGCAUCCGCUGUUGUCGCCAUCGACGGCGCUUCAUCGAGCUAGCGGCGCUUCCUACCCGGCACCGUCGCUAAGUCCUCUCAGCGCCAGAUAUCAUCCUUACGGAAAACCACCGACGGGUCCGCUCCCAGCUUCGCUCGCUGCAUCGCCGUACAGCGCUUUCAACGCCUUGGGGCCGUAUUAUUCGCCGUACGCGAUUUAUGGACAGCGAAUCGGCGCCGCUGUACAUCCUUAAGAUGGAUAUACAAGAUGGAUAUAUACGGUGGUACGGUUUUUUUUAGAGGAACUUUCUCCUCCUUCGUCUUUCUCUAUUUCUUUCUCAGUGUACAGUUGGAGAGAAUGUGCAAAGACACGCGUACGCGGAUUUAUCGGACUUACGGUCUGAGACUGUUGUGUAAAUAGCCACUGUGUACAAUACAAAUUUAUUUAAAAGAAUUCUAUAUAUACAUAAAUAUAUAUGU